UGGUUAGCUGGUGACAGCUUUUCAAUGCUAAAUGUUCUUUGCUCAAUGUCAAACUUAAAUUUCUCUGAACUCCUGCUGGCACUGCUUUUAACCAGCAGUUAUGUAUUGGCAUCGGAAAAAUGUAUUUAUUGUCGGGGUAUGAGUUGCCAAAGGACUAGUUACGAGGCGGAUGAUCAGUGUUCGGAUAAAUUGGAUGCCUGCGUGAGUGUUUUUAAAGAUGGAUUUAUUCAGGCUCAAGGAUGUUUGGAAGGUCUAGAGGAUGAUUUAAGAGAAAAAUGUCAGGAGGAUAAUAAGGUACAUGGAACUGACUGCGAGGUCUGUAUAACGGAAAAGUGCAACAAGGUGGCUCCAAAAAAACACAGCUGUCUUCAGUGUAAUAGCGCAGAGUGUGCUGAAACUCCAGAGCUUCUGAAAGCUAUAGAAUGCCUUAAUCCGAGAUCUGGUAGAGGUUUUUGCUUUACCAGUUUGGUGGGAGAUCGUUUGGAGAGGUGAUGUUCUUUGACUCUUUCAGAUCAAGUAAAUUGCCUGGCCAAUCCAAAUUGUCACUUGUGCGAUCCCUUGGAACAACCCCGCUGCAAUGAUCAACUUAUAAAAGCAGAUUCCUCAACCACUCAAGACCCAGCGGAAUCCACUAGUUCAUCAACUGAGUCUACACCUAGUUCAACAAUAACAACAGAAUCAACAUCUAGUUCAACAACAAGUUCAACAACAAGUUCUUUAACAAGUUCAUCCACAAUUUUCUCCACAAGUUCUUCUACAAAAUCUUCCACAAGUUCCUCAACAAAAUCACCAGAAACUAAUAUUUACUCAAUUGGCUUUUUGUGUUCACAACGUACUUCAAUAAUACAAAUAAUACCUAAAAAAUUCCCACCACCUUGUCCGGAACGGAAUCUAUGUACGACUAUUAUUAAAGUAAUUUUUAUGACACGAUCAUAAAUUAUUUGUCACGAA